UUAAAAAUGAAUGUGCGCGUUCAAAUGCUUCAGGGGUCAUCCACAAAAACGUUUUCAAAACAACUAUUAAAUAUAGGCGAUAGAAAAGUUACUACAGAUGAAACUGGAUGCAUUAAAUUACCAACUGAUUUUUGCACAAUCGUUGAUUCAGAAGAUGCUCUCAUUAAACAAAUAUUUCCUGAUUUACACAUACAGUACAUAAAUCAUGAGUGGUUGGCAGAAAGAGCAAUUUUAGCAGCAAAAAAUGUAGACGUGAAUAAUUUGAAUCUCAAGAUACAACAGUUGUUACCAGGAGACUUGAUCUCAAACAAAUCAAUUGAUACAGUCUGCGAUGACACCGAAACUGUGAAUUAUCCAACAGAGUUUUUGAACUCCUUGGAUUUGCCAGGCAUGCCACCGCAUAACUUAAAACUGAAAAUUGGGUCUCCGGUUAUUUUACUCCGAAAUUUAAACCCAUCACGGUUAUGCAACGGCACGCGAUUAGUCAAUAAAAAAAUUGAUGAAAAACGUCGUUGAAGCCAACAUUUUAAAUGGUAAGUUCCGGGGAGAAAAUAUAUUAAUACGACGAAUCCCACUUAUACCCAGAGAUGUGCCAAUUCAAGUUAAACGCAUUCAAUUUUCAAUUAGAUUGGCAUUUGCAAUGACUAUCAAUAAGUCCCAAGGCCAAACGAUGUCCAUUUGUGGCUUAGAUUUGAGCACACCAUGCUUUUCACAUGGUCAGUUAUACGUGGCAUGUUUUAGAGUAGGCAAACCAUCAAGUUUAUUUGUAUUUGCUAAAGAUGGACUAACAAAAAAUAUCGUACAUACUAUGGCAUUAAAUAAUUGAUAUCAUUAUAGCAGUAAUGAAGAACACGAUAUA